CCGCCACUGCACUGGCGUGCAUGUGACAGCCGCGAAUCACAAGGUUCCAACUCGAUUCGAUUUGUACUCCGAUCGCCAUUCGCCAGUCGCCUGUCGCAUUGGUACAUAACACAUAUUCAGUUCUUCACGAGUGUGUGACGAAGGCUCGCGUCGCCCGCGUACUUGUCCCGCCAGAACGAUUUUUCCGACACGGUCAAUUUAUCACACGAAUAAUAACAUCAAUAUAUAAGAUCCUCAUACCAUUCUUAUAUCAGACAUAACCGGAAGACAAUGGACAAUAGUCGAAAUUAUUUAAAUAUAUACAGUGACGUGCGGUCUUAAAACGUGAAAUGCCUACAAACUUUUGAAUUAAUAAGUGAAUAAAUAACAUUUGGAUGUUUUGCUUUUAUUGUGACCGCGACAACUGAUAAAAAGGCCCGAUUUUCGAAGACAGCGAUGGAGGCAAUGUGCGCGCGCGGAGACGUCGCGUGCGCACCGCACGCGCUCUCCGCCGCCUUGCACUCCCUGAACCUGUACUGCGCUGCCAUUGCCGCCGCGCUCGUCUGCAGCUGCUCCUCCUCACGAGCGCACUGGUACGGCAUCCGAUGGCGAGGUCAGAACGUCAGAGGCAUCGCGAGUCUUGUCUUGGGAGUGACAUGGUGCUGCGGAGCGGCCGCUGCAUCGGUUCGCGCUGCGGAUACCGUGAGACUCGUCGCUGCACUCAUGCCUCCUCUAUCCUGGCUAGCAUCUGCUGCCCUUCACGUCUCACUGUGGACAAGACGCUCAUCAGCUCCCGUCCUUUACCUAGCUAUAUAUUGGCUACUAUCAGCAGCUAGUUCGGGAGCUGUGUUAUACAACAACUUACUUCCUGGAGGUACGCUGAACGUUAUCGAAGUAUACGUUCAGGGCGUGGCAAUGAUUCUCUGUUUGAUCAUCUCUGGAGUCGACUGCCUUUGUUUUUAUGACGAAGUUACAAAACGAUUACAAUCUCGACAAAAAAGUACGACUGAAACUAAAAAUACUUAUUACGCUUACAACGAAACACACUUUUUUUCAAAGAUAACUUUCUUCUGGUUGAACUGUUUACUAUACAAAGGAUAUGUUACACCUAAUAACGAUUUGGGAGAUAUACCCGAAAAUGAGAGAUCGAAAAUAUAUUAUGAAAAACUAAAGAAAUUAUACUACAAACAAAAGAUGACAAAAAAUAAAGAAACGGCCGCAAGUAUAUGGCACUGCUACGUUCAUAUGUUAUGGCCAAACUUCUACAUAGGAGGACUUUUAAAACUUUUUGGGGAUUUCAUUUCCAUUAUACCAGCGGUAGGAUUGGCCGUUAUUAUAAAAUUUAUACAAGACCAAAAUUCAGCAUUCGACACCAAUGCUGAAAUUAGUCUGGAAGAAUUCCUCUCGAAUGGAUAUGUUAUGCUGCUUAUCGUUACUUUGGCACUUAUUUUUCAAGCAAUUUUGUCGCAAAAUUCCACUCAUUUAAUAACAGUGGAAGGUACCAGACUUAAAAUGGCAUUACAAAGCAUGAUCUAUGAUAAAUGUAUGCGGUUGGCAUCUUGGUCAUCAGAUGCAAAUGUAGAUGAGAAGUCGCCACUGCUUCAUAACCCUGACGAAGAAGCUAACACACAGUCCGGGCUCCUUAUCAAUUUGAUAUCACAGGAUACGUAUAACAUUAUGUCGUGUGUAUGGAUUUGUCAUUACACGUGGGCAAUACCGUUAAAGGUAAUUCUUAUUUUGUAUUUGCUUUACACAAAAUUGGGUACAAGCGCAGUGAUAGGCACAGCCGCCAGCUUCUUGUUUAUAACUCCCUUACAAUUCUACAUUGGAAAGAAAAUUUCAGACAACUCCAAAGAUACGUCGAAAUGUACCGACCACAGGGUUUCUAAAUUAUCCGAAAUUUUACAAGGAAUGAAUGUUAUAAAACUGUACGUGUGGGAAGACUUGUUCAAUGAGAAGAUAUUACAACUUCGAGAAGUAGAAUUAAAACUUCUCAAUAAAGACUCUGCCUACUGGAGUUUACUGACAUUCACAACACAUUUAUCGGCAAUAUUAGUUACUGUUAUAACUUUCACGACACAUUACUUUCUUGACCACGGCAAAAAUUUGACUGUUGUAAACGUGUUCGCUGGACUGGCCCUCUUUAACCAGUUAACGAUACCAAUGUUGAUCCUACCGGUGACUGUGCUGAUGAUCAUACAAGCUAUGGUCAGCAAUAAAAGGAUAAAAGAUUUCUUGGAACUUCCAGAGUCUUAUAAUGUGCGAGAUGUUGUAAACGAGGUCACAUGCUCGAAGAAUGUUUUAGAUGAAUGCGAUGAUGCUUUUAUUGAUACAAUGGCGGAAGAAAAUCCACUUUCUGAAAAGGACGAGCUUAAUGGUGAUGAACACAUUACUGAUGAAAGCAAAUUCAAUGGAGAUCAAGAGCAAGAGUAUUUGAUUAGAUUUAGAAACACAGCAUUUUCUUGGAGACUAAAAGAAAAUGCGUGGUUAGAAAUUGAUGAUUUAGACAUUUCAUCAGGAAAAUUAAUAAUGGUGGUCGGAUCUUCUGGUUCCGGAAAAUCAUCUUUUUUAUCUGCAGUUCUUGGCGAAAUGCAUCAUGAGCGUGGAGACGCGUCGGUAAAUAGGAAUUGCUCGAUGUGGUACGCUGGUCAACCGCCCUGGCUUCUAGAGGGUACAAUAAAAGAAAACAUUCUGAUGGACAGCCCGUGGUGUAGCAGUAGAUACACACGAGUACUCCGCGCAACGGCUUUGCGACCAGACCUGCAGCUUUUACCGGAAGGCGAUAACACGCAACUAGGAAGCUACGGGACGCCGCUGUCGGGCGGUCAGAGGGUGCGCGUCUGUGUCGCUCGGGCGCUGUAUUCGAGGGCAAAGCUGAUAGUGCUGGACGAGCCGUUCGGCGCGCUAGAUGCCGUGCUUGCUCGACACUUGGUCGCGAGGGCGCUACUUCCCACCGCUCGAAGUGGUCGCACCGUUUUGGUAGCGACCAAUAGAUUAGAAUUGCUGCACUACGCCGAUACGGUAAUAGUGAUGGAAGACGGUCGCGUCAGCGGCGUGGGGCGUGUGAACAGUACCAGUGAAGGCGCGCUGGCCCAGUGGGCGCAGCUGGCUGAGGAAGCUCGAGUGGCGGCGGCGCGCGGGGGCGCAGGCCCGCCGGGGGGCGCCGGGCGCGAGCGCUCGCAACUGCUGCGUGCUGUGAGCCGCGUGCAAUUCCAGAAUAUGUCUGAUGAUGCCUUGCAACUAGACAUCAGUGAAGUGACUGGAGCUCACCUGCUGGCCGAGGUACCGACGUGUGUGGGCGGCACCUGGCGCCGGCCACCGAGUCGCGUGCGCUCUUCGCUUGGAAGACAAUUUUCCUCACCACCUCCUACUUUGCCCCGUUUCAAGUGGCGUCACGAAAUUAGGCGCGCCGUAAGCGCUGUUGAACCUAAUCAACAACAUCGCGAGGAUAGCCCGUUGAGACAAGACAAUAACCGCCUGCGACCUUAUUAUAGAACUUUAACCAGGUGGACACCGAGGAGUUUGCGACGAUUCUUAAGUACUCACUCUGAUUCAUCAGCAGAAGAUCAAAGUAAUGGUAAAGUGGAUGAAGUUUCGCCCGAUGCGACAUUCACCUCAAUAACUUCAAACGGCGUAGAAGCGGUCGCCGUGCCCAUUUCUGACAUCCCGGCCGCGAGAGAAGAACAACCAGUUCUUAACGAGAGUACGAUAUGGUGGGAAUACGCCCGCGCCGGGAGUUGGUGGAGUGCGGUGUUCUGGGUGGCGGCGACGGCGACGCAAGGCAUAGCGCUCGCAGCAGACUACUGGCUCUCGCUGCUGGCUGAGCAGAACUCACGGACUACGCUUUCUGACCAACGGAUGUGGGACAUGAUACAAGUGUACGCGCUGUGGUGUUUGUGCGGCGCGUGCUUGGCUGCGUGCACGCAAGUGGCGAGCGCGUGCGCGGGCGCGGCCUCGCGGCGCGCACUGCACGAGCGCUUGUUGCACGCCACUCUCCACGCUCCGCUGCAGCACCACCUUGCGCGACCAGCCGGAGACACUCUACACCGGUUUUCCUCCGAUACACUCGUCGUAGACAAGAAAUUACCAAUGGCAAUGAGCAGAUGGGCACAACUUGCCUUACUCUGCGGGGCGACGAUGCUGGUGAACGCGGUCGCUUCACCGUGGACUCUACUCGCUAUCGUACCCGCCGUGAUAGUGUUUCUUGUUCUGCAGUCUGUCUACUUACAUAAUGCGAGGGAGUUUCAACAUAUCGAGGCUGAAAGUGCAGCGCGGGCAGUUUCCCUGGCGGUGCAGACGCUAGCGGGCGCGGGCACAGUCCGGGCGGGGCGACUUCAGGCACGGAUGCGCGCGGUUUUCUUCCGUCGUCUGGAUCGUAACCACAAUGCUCUGUUGCUACUGAAUUCCUCCAACCGGUGGUUGGGGUUGACGUUGGAUUUGGUGGGAGCUGCGAGCGUGUUCGUGUCUCUAGCGGUGGCGUUGUACAGCGGCAGCGGCGGCGCGGGUGCGGGGCUGGCGGGCACGUACGCGCUGCUGCUGCCCGUGUACCUCGCGCACCUCGCCAAGUGCCGCGCAGACCUCGACCUGCGGCUGGCGGCCGUGCAGCGUGUGCUCGCCGACACCAGCAUACCGCAGGAGGACUAUAGAGAUGACUGUCCAAUUCCUUCAGGAUGGCAACGAAACGGAAAAAUUGAGUUUCAAGACGUAAGCAUACAGCAUCAACCAGGAUUACCUACAGUGCUCAAGAAUAUCACGUUCACAGUCAAACCUGGACAAAAGGUCGCCAUUUGUGGUAGAAGCGGGAGUGGCAAGUCUUCAUUGGUGUUAUCCUGCGUCGGAGCAACAACCAUCCACAGCGGUCGCCUGCUGAUCGACGACCAGGACGUGACGCGUGUGCCGUUGCGUGCGCUGAGGCAUCGAGUGGUGGUUUUGCCACAAGAAGCGGUCAUGUUCUCUGGAACACUGCGGGAGAAUCUAGACCCUCUUGCUGUGCACACGGAUGAGGAAAUAUGGCAAAGUUUAAGGGCUGUUGGCUUGUUCGACUAUGUGACUGCUCAGUCGGCGGGCUUAGAGUGCAGCCUGGGCAGUUGGCGCGGGUGCUGGUCGGGCAGUAGGGGCGCGCGCGUGUGCGCGGCGCGGGCGGCGCUGCACGCGCGCACGGCGGCCGCGCUGCUGCUGGACGAGCCGGGCGCCGCGCUCGAUGCGUCUCAAGAGCGAGCGCUGCUGCACGCCAUCGCUGCGGUGGCGCCCAACACUACCAUCAUCACCGUUGCGCAUCGAGUGUCGUCGGUCCGCGACUACGACAGUCUAGUGGUGCUGGAAGACGGGCGCGUGGCGGAGCGCGGCCGCGCGGACGCGCUGCUCGCCGCGCCCGCGUCGCUGCUCUCGCGCCUCGUCGCUGCUGCCUCGCAAAGACACACUUGACCAAGUCUCGAAUAUACCUCUUGGCUUAGAUCUGACGCAACAUUUCAGCAUUUUAAUUGACGAUUAAGUUAAUACCUUUGAAUUUAUUCCCAUUAAUUAAUACCUUUGCACACAUUCAAUUCUUGAAUAUAAUAGAACCGCGUCAAAUGUGACUAAGAGGGGUCAUACACAGACUGCUUGAAGGUCUUGACUGACAUGCUUUGCCAUUAAUCCACCCUGCGGUAUAGACUCGGUUUGUGUCCAUCUAUCUCGGAUGGACAGACAUACAUCAGUCAUAAAGACACGACUAGUCCGAGAGACUUCGAUAAGAAAACCCUAAGAUAAUAUACAAACCACGUCUGGGGGUAGAUGGUCACACAUUUCCAAGUACCCUAUGACCGCUCUGAGAUGAUCUUCGAAUAUGAUGAUAACGGUCGCAGUCUGUUUCCUCUUAAUUAGCACUUAGAAUAACUAAUGACGAGCAUCGACUACUGUGAAAAAGUAGUCAUGUUUUAGGCAAUAAAUGUUUUAGGUAUUAAUUGUAAUAAAUAUUGUAACAUUUACAUUUUACCUCGUAUUAGUAAUCUUCUCUUAAUAUAAUUAUCGAUUUCGGAAAACGGAAAGCUGGAUUAUAGUAUGAAUCUCAUAAACCUAGAUAUCGUUUGUGGUGUUUGAGCCUGUGUAAAAUUGUCGAUGGGAACUUUUGAGUUUUUGUAAAACAACUGUAUCUGUGAUCAUACCGAAAUCCAACUGUCCGAGGUUUUCCGAAGCAUAAUGCUUAAUUAGCAAAAAUUCGUAGUUGCAUAAUUUUGAUGAUAGUUUA